CUUCCUCUUUGCAGAAACCCUUCUUCUCAAUUUUGCAGAGAUCAAAAUCCAGACUCGUCGCCAAGCUUUAGAAAUUCCGAGAUGACCCCUCCCAUUCUUUCAUUAGCUCUGCCGUCCGAGACUGGCCGAGUUCUUAGUAUCCAGUCGCACACAGUUCAGGGAUAUGUUGGGAAUAAAUCAGCUGUGUUCCCGCUGCAAUUAUUAGGCUAUGAUGUGGAUCCAAUUAAUUCUGUCCAGUUCUCAAACCACACAGGCAAGCUGCUUCCACUUCAUCCGAACAUAUCUUUUUAGGCUUACAUGCUGUCCUUAAUUGAAUGUAGGUGGCAAUGUGAUUCAACUGACCUUAAUAUGUUUGCAGGAUACCCAACAUUUAAGGGUCAAGUUUUAAAUGGAGAACAGCUUUGGGAAUUGAUACAAGGCCUUGAAGCAAAUAAUCUAUUAUACUACACCCAUUUAUUAACAGGUUAUAUUGGUUCAGUUUCUUUUCUGAGCACUGUGUUGGAAGUUGUCAAGAAACUUCGCUCUGUAAACCCAAAACUUAGAUAUGUCUGUGAUCCAGUGAUGGGUGAUGAAGGGAAGUUGUAUGUCCCUCCAGAGCUGGUAUCUGUAUACCGUGAAAAGGUUGUCCCUGUUGCUUCAAUGUUGACUCCCAAUCAAUUUGAAGCAGAAUUGCUUACGAACACCAGAAUUGAGUCUGAAAGAGAUGGCCGUGACGCUUGUAACAUCCUUCAUGCUGCUGGGCCAUCAAUGGUUGUGAUAACAAGCAUAAAUAUAGAUGGUAAACUUCUUCUAAUUGGCAGUCAUCAAAAGGAACAAGGUCUAUCUCCGGAGCAAUUCAAGAUUGUGAUUCCUAAGAUUCCUGCCUAUUUCACAGGAACAGGUGAUCUUACAACUGCGCUUUUACUUGGUUGGAGUAAUAAAUAUCCUGAGAACCUAGACAAGGCAGCAGAGCUUGCUGUGUCAUCUUUGCAGGCCCUUCUGCAGAGGACAGUAAAUGAUUAUAGAAGUGUCGGCCAUGAUCCCCAGACAACCAGUUUGGAGAUUCGAUUAAUACAAAGUCAGGAUGACAUUCGUCAACCUCAGAUUAAACUCAGAGCUGAAAAAUAUGCCUAAUGUAUAGAAAGGUUAAAAUAAUAUUUGGAACAUUUUAUCAUUUGAAGCUAGAAGUGGCGAGCAGUUAUAACAAUGUUUGAUUAGUGUUAAACACUUAUAUAUAGGCUGUCGUGGGAAGUUUGAAUUCGUCAGUGAUAUUACACAAACUAUAAUAAAAUCAAUAAAUAUAUUCAGGAAAUAAAAAGAACCCAAACUGUAUUCAGGUGCU